AAACCAUGAAAAGUUUUUUUUAACAAAUUUUUAUCAAUUUGAAUAUUUGUGUAAUUGUUCAAAUUGAUUUUUUCAUCAUUAUAUAUGGCCUAACUGCCUAACACAGUUUGGAAAUAAUCGUUUGACAGUUCUGCGUUUACAAGUGUAUAUAAAUGUGAUCACAACGUGUAAGAAAACAAGAAACCUAAUCAUAAAAAACUAAAUUAUAUAUAUAUGAGUAAUGUAUUAUGUAGUGACAUACCAUUUUGUUCUAAUUAACAGUUAUCCUAAAAAUAGCGACUGCAUACAGAAACAAACAGAAAAACAGGAAUAAUUAAUAGAAGAUUAUUAGGUUCGACCAUGAAAUGCUGCUGCUGAAUGAUAAUUGAAUCCUACACUAUUAAACUAUACAAAGCACAAUUCGAGUUCACCAAAAUGCCAAAAUCACAAAUGGAGCAAAUUUGUAGAUGAAAACUUACUUAAAAUCUAGUGCUUCAAAAGUAAGUAAACUUAGCUUAGAUGAUGUAAAUGAUUCUGAAAGUUCAGAUGAUAAUCUACCAGAAAGUAUUUUAGCUGAUCAUACUGAACUUUCUAGUGACAACUCUGACUUGGAUGUUAAUACUAAUAAUGAAUGUAGUGGGCUACUAGAUGACGCUUCUGUUAAAAGUGAACCUUUAAGCGAGGAAGAAAAUAAUUUAAGUGACUCACAUAAUUUAUCUUAUUCGACUAAAUAUAGUAAGCGUAAAUCUACAGAAGAAAUGAAAACUAAGACCAAAAUCAAACCUUGUACUGUGGAGGAGUACAAUGAAUUUUUAGUUUUAGAAAAAAAAAGAAAUGAUUCAAGUUUGAAUAUGAGUCUGAACAAUCAUGACGAAGUGAAUAAUUCAGUUGAAAAGGUUAAGAAAAAGAAGAAGAAGAAAAAAUCAGAAGAUACACUUGUAGAAAGUUCUUUCAAUGCAGGCUCACAGAUCAAUUUUGAAGAAUCGCUCACAAAGAAAAAGAAGCAUAGUAAAGAUAACUUAUCUUCAAGUAUUGAAAACGAUUCUGUAGAAUCAACCAAUGAAUUCUCUAAAUAUGGAGCAGUAAGUGAAAAUAAUGGUAAAAGCAAAAGUAAAAACCAUAAAUUAAAAAAAUCUAGGGACAAUGCAGAUAAUAUUAGUGAUGAAGUUUCAUCUUUAUCAUUCAAUGAAGCAAAUAGAUCUAAAGAUAAGAAAAAAUCUAAUAAAAAUAAAUUAAAACCAUCUAUAAUAAAUGAUGAUGGUGAAUCAUCAAUUACAAAACUAAGCCAAGAUCGAGCGAAACCAAGAACAAAAAAAACAGAAUAUUAUUCAGAUGAUUCAGGAGAUGAUGUCAUAGAAUCUAAUUCAAAAAAUGAAUCAAACUCGAUUGUUCUUAAUCAAUCUUCAAAGAAAAACUAUUUGAAUAAAUCUAAAGCAAAUGAUGAUAGUGAAAGUGAUGAUGAAAUUCUGAACAAGAAAUAUAGUUUUCAAUUUAAUCGAUCAUAUGAGCUAAAUAUGGAUGAAGAACCUGCUAUUAGUCAAACUUUAUCUCCUAAAAAAUCAUUAGAUAAUAAAAACAUUCUCAAAGCAAAACCACUAAACAAAAAUUUGCACUUGAAGAAAAUUCAUAGUCAAGAAACUGAUUUAAUGCCAUCUCCAAUUGUUCCAAAAUUAGGUUUAUUUAAUAAUGUUGUUAAUUCAACAGCUUUAGAUAUCAGUAAUAUGCCUGAUACAUCGUUCCCAAAUAUAUCACAAAUACAAGUGAGUGAUAAAACUUUUAAAGGGAAAGUUGUUGAUUUAACUGAUAAAGAUUCUACAGAACCAGAGAGUGGAUUAAUAAAACAAUAUGUUGAACAAAAUGAAAAUAUCAAAAGAAAAGUAAUCACAAAUAAUAUCAAAUUUGAUGGAGAUACUAGCGAUGAAGAAGUUUAUAUAGUACAAUGCCCAAGAAACAUCAAUCCAGCCUUAUUAAUAGAUCAAAACAUAUAUAAUUCGUCUUUUCAGUAUGAUGGCACUGCUUACUCAUUAUCAAGAAUCCCAAAUCCAGUCAAACAAGUAUUUGUGUUUGUUCCAGGACAUAGUUCAAUUAAGUCUUAUCCCUUAGUUGGAAAUAUUGUUAUACAAUCAGAAAUAAAAGCAGCAUCUGCUAGAGACAUAAAAAAAACAAUUCCUACACGAGUAGAAUUUCCUGAAAAUUUGAAAGUCCGACAUCCACUGUUUGGCAAAAAAUAUAAAAAGAAAAUUUUUGUUCAACCUCAUGUGAUGGAAGAAUUAGUUUGUAAAAAGAAGCCUAAGAAACAUAAAAAGAAAGUAAAUGUUGAUUUAGAAACUGACAAUAUUGAAUCACAGUCUACAAAGAAAAGAAGAAAAUCUGAAUCUAUUGAAGACCAUAUUCCUAAAAAGAAAAUAAAGAAAGAAAAGAAACAAGAGAGUUUAUGGAAUUCAAAUGACGAUAUAGAAAGAAAUUUAUUUAAUUUGUGAAUACAGGCAUGUUAUGUAUUAAUAAGUUAUUUUUUAAAUUGUUAUUCAAACAGAUUAUAUACAUAUUUUCUUAUGUAAGAGACAAAAUACCACAAAA